AUGUCUCUUCGCCGCUCCGGUCUUCAGAAGGAAGUGCUUGCUCUCUACAGACGUGCUCUCCGCAUGGUGAAUACCAAACCACCACGAGUGCGCCCCAAGUUCCUGCUAUUCGUUCGCUACAGUUUCAAGACCCAAGCCUCUGCCAUGUCACCGAGAGACGUCUCUGCAAUUGAGCACAUGCUACGGCGCGGGCGGAGGCAGUUGGAUGUGUACGAAGAUAGCAAGGUGCGGGAUUGCUGGGUGAGCGAAGAGAUGCUGCGGUGGAGCCAGCAAGACAAGGGACAGACAGCGGGUACCAGCAGGAGCCCCUCAGCCUGA